CGAAUCGUACUGUACGAGCGAGCCUCUGAUUAUUGGCGGCCGUCCGUCCGCAGGUGGCUCAGAUUCCGCCCCACCACUUCCAUCGCCUCACCACCGCCCCCCGAGAUAAAUUCCCUCCGCCAGCGCCGCCUUCCCCCCCUCUCUUCCGCCGCCAGAGUCCUCCCCCGCCGCCGGACCGCCGGCCCGGAACGGCCGCCGCGGCUGCUCCACGGACGGUCUUCGUGGCGGGUGCUCGCCCCCCUGCGGCAAGCCCAGCCAUGGACGACGGGGACAUCGACUUCUCCAACCCGGAGACGUACCUGUGCGAGGCCAUGGGCAACGACCCGCCCGCCAGCUGCUCCAUGGGGAGCUACUUCGACGACAUCCUCAACAGCGACGCCGACCACCUCGCCUGCACCCACACCCACACCUGCAACCCGCCCGUCCACGACCUCGCGCACCACACCCAUACCUGCGUCCACGUCCACACCAAGAUCCUCUCCGCCUCCGAUGACGCCGCCGAGACCUCCGAGUCCCUGCCGGACGCCAAGAAGCAGCGGCCCUCGGGCAACCGCGCCGCCGUCAGGAAGUACCGCGAGAAGAAGAAGGCCCACACCGCGCUGCUCGAGGAGGAGGUGGCUCACCUCAAGGCUGUUAAUCAGCAGCUCGUGAAGAAGCUCCAGAGCCACUCCGCGCUCGAGGCCGAGGUGGCCAGGCUCCGCUGCCUGCUUGUUGACAUCAGAGGGAGGAUCGAAGGGGAGAUUGGCACUUUCCCUUACCAGCGGUCGGUGAAAAGCAAUGAGUUUGUCGACCAGGGGAGCUUUCUUGGUGGUGCGCAGGUUAUGAAUUCCUGCGACUUCAGAUGCAACGAUCAGUUGUACUGCAAUCCAGGAAUGCAGCAGGCCAGGACAAUGGACGACGAUGGUGUUAUGAGUGCUGGACAGGUUUUGGGGCAAGGUGCCGGUGACACUAUGGGUUGUGUAAAACCAGGUUCUUUAAACCCCCCAGGCUGCCGUGGGGGCCAAAUGCUGUAAACAGCGUGAGGACUAUGAGGUGCUUAUCUUCUCCUCCCUGUACAAGGAGGACUGUAUAAAUUGCUGGCUUCUACCAGAGGGCCGCGUUUGGUUCAAAUUGUCGUGUUUGUGGCUCUCUUGUCGAAGAUGCCUUCUAAGGUGCCCCGGGCGCCGCAAGUUCGUUAGCUAGGAUGCUAUAGUGACAUCCCCUUUACUGUUGCUUAGUUCCAGCCUCGGUAAUGUUCUUGGAGUUGGACAUCCUUUGCUCCUAGUCCUAGAUGCUCGCCGAUAAUUAGCAGAACAGACAGCGUUCGAAGACAUCUUGAAUAAUUUAGAUUUCAGCAUCCAGGUUCUGUGCGAAGAUUUCAUGUUCAGUUUUGAGUAGACCUCAAGUUGGAUAUGAGCUGCAUCAAUUCUUUGGUUGGUUGGUAUGCAUGCCCCUUGUGUUGGUGCUCUAUACUCUGCCCAUGAUCCAAGCAAUUGCAUGGAUUCCAUCAUUGUUUGGUUGUUUAUUUGUUUGAUCCUUAAGGGAAUAUUGUGUGCCAUGGUAUUUAUUUUUGUACAAAGUAUAACUGCUGAACCUUUGCAAAAGUCGCCGAGUUUGGCUCUGUGGUUGAGUAUUUUAUUGAAAAAGUUGUGGUUCUUUUA